AUGUAACCAUUAAGAACGAACUCUGUUUAUUUUCCUAAUAAAAGAAAAGAAGAAUCAUCUCCAAUAUCUAGGAAAAUAUCAUUUUAACAAUAAAAUGAAAAGAAUUCCAAUAAAUCUUCUUUCCUUGAAACUCAAGAGUAAUAAUUCAAAAAAAAUAAUAUUAUAGAAACUCUAGGAUUAAAAGAGAAAUGUAUUUUUAUAAUUUAAUACUUUAGAAUUGAUUGCAUUAAAAGGCACUUAGUUUUAAUAGUAAGAAGUAGAAAAUAUAUUUAAAUCACUUAAUAAAUAUGCUAUGAAAAUAUUUGAAUAGUAAAAAUUAAGUGAUGUAUGUAUUUUAAUUCUUUAAUGGAUUAUAUAACAUAGAGGAUAUUAAGAUAUACCUAAUUAAAUGUAUUUAAUAACUAAUUUUGAUUUUUAGAUGUUUAGCUUAUAAUAAUUUAGGUUGCGUUUAUAGAAGGAUUGGUCAAACAUAAUUAGCAAUAAAUGCUUUAGAGAAUGCUCUAUCAUAAGUCUAGUAAUUUGAUCAAAUUAAAAUGAGAACGAUAACUCAUUUGAACAUUACAACGGUGUUAAGUUAAAUGAAUCUGUAUAAUUAUGAAAUUUAAUAUUCCUAAGGCAUGAAAAGGCUUUAAAGGAAGCAAAGAAAGCUAUAUAAUCAGGUUAAUAAGAAUUUGAUUCAAAUUCUAAAGAAACUAUUAGAUAUUUAGCCUUGGCUCAUUAUAAUUAUGCUUUUGAAUUGGAAUCUUUAGAUCGUUAAGAUUAGGCAGUUAAAUAAUAUAAAAGAUCUUUGUAAUUUGUUACUGAACAUUUAGGUAAAUAGGAUCCAUUAUAUAAAAAAUUUUAUAAUGGACAUUUAUAAGCCAAAUAGAAAUUAAUUGUUUAAAUGAAUGAAUAAUCUCCAAUUCUUUUUUAAAAGGUUUUAUCAUUAAAAAAGUAAUUUGAUAUUCCAACUGAUGAGAGUUUUUAAUAAGUAACACCAUAAUAAAGUCCUCUUAGUUAAACAAGAAAAUUAAUAUAAAAAAAAAAGAUAAAUUUUAUUGAAAGUGAAACUGUUAAAAAAGAUUACAGUGGUUCUUUUUUAAGAAGAAAAACAGAUCAAGAAAGAUUAGAAACUGAUAGAGAUAAACUUAAAGAUAUUUAAACUAAAUUAAUUGAUUUAAAUAUAAUAAGUUCUGUUAAAACUAAAAUUAAAACUUAAAUAGAAUAAAUUUAAAUAGAUUAAUGGUCUAAUUCAGAAUAAUCUGAUAAUGAAAUCAAAUAAUAAAGAUAAACUGAGCGUUCUCCAUCAUUAAAAAGAUCAUUUUAAACUAAAAAUAGUUUUUAAGAUUUAAGAUUAAGUUUUCUUAAUAGAUAAAAUUCUUAAAAAAUAUACUUUGAUUCUUCAUUAAUUGAAAAAGAGAAAUAGAUUAUUAGAGAAGUAGAAGAAUAGAUAUAUAAUACAAAUUAAAUAACUAAGAUAUAAGCAUAAAUUAGAAUGAAGAAGGAAAGGAAAAAGUUUUAUAAUCUUAAGAAAAUUAUAAAAGACUCAGGGAAUCUUUUAAAAACUGAUGAAUUAAAAUUAAAAAAAUUGUAAAGGUUUCUUAGAAAAAAAUUAGUAGAAAAUAAAUUAAGAGAAAUAACUUAAAAAUUAGUUUAAUUUAGCAAAAAAUAAAAGAAUCUUUAAAAGGAAAAAAAAGCGAUUUAGAUAAUUAUUAGUUUUAUUAUAAAAUAUAAAGCAAAAAAAUAAUUUGAAAUCUAAUAAUUAUUUAAAGCAAAAUAAUUUUAAACUAUUAGAUAGGGUUUUUGUAAUCCAUUAAUAGAAGGUGUAGUUCAUAAAUACGAUACAUAUAUAUUUACAUUUUCAAUAAUGAAUAAUUUAUAGUUUGUAAGAUUUUCAUUAGCUCAUGGAAUGAAAGAAAAAAGAAAAGAUAAUUAUUUGUAUUUAGAAAUAGAUUUAGAGAGUUUUUUAAAAUCUUUAGGUUUAUUAUUUUAAUAUGCUGAUGAAUUAGAAUGUCAAAUAAUAGAAGAAAGUAAAUUAUUGAGGAAUGUUAGAAAUUUAAUGACUUUGUCUUAAUAGUUUCUAUAUUUAAAUGAAUUAGAUGGAAAAUAUGUAAUAAGAACUAAAACAGAAACUAAUAAAUAAUUUAGAGUUUAAAUUGAGAAAAUAGGAGUAGUUUUAUAAGAACUAGUCUUAAUUCAAAAUAAUAAAUUAAUAAUCUAAGGAAUUAAUAAUUUUUAUUACUCAGAAAUUAUACCAUAGAUAGAAUAAAUUAGAAUUAUAAAUCCUCCAUUGUACAAUAAAUAACUUAGUUAACAUGAAGAAAAGGCAAUAAGAUAUAUUUAAUCUUAUAUAAGAGGGCAUCUUUAAAGAUUAAGAGUUUCGAAAUGGAUGAAUAAUAAGACGAAAUAAAUUUAUGAUUCUUAAUUAAUUAGAACAAGUCGAAAUUAGUAUUUAUAGAUAGUUAAAACAAAAAAUAUUCAUAAUUAGAAGGAAUAUAUAUAUAUAUUAAAUCAUGAGAGUUAGAAAAAAUCGAAUGAUUUAGAAAUACAUUAAAUAGUAUUCAAAAGGAUGGGAAAUAUUAGUAGUGAAAAUUUAUUUGAAAUAUUUAAAAUUGAUAUAGAAUCUCCUUUUAUAGAAUAUACUGAUGAAGCUAAAUAUUGGAUUUAAAGAGAGGAAGAAUAUUCUCGAAGGGAAAUGAUUUUAGGUGAAUCUGUAAAAAAAGCAAACAUUUGUAUAAUACAAAUAUAAAGAGCUGCUUUGAGAUAUUUAUUUGUAAGAAGACUUUAAAUAAACAAAAUGAUUAAAAAAAAGUUUAUUAAUAGUACAAAUAAAGAUAUUGAUAGAAAAAUGUUAGUAAGAAGAGUUAUCAUUUAUGGUUAAGGUGUUGAUGAGAAAGCAUGUUUGACUACAUUUUAUUUAGAUAUUGAGAAAGCAGAACCAAAAUAAUCAUUAAUCGGACAGAGUGAAUAUUUUAGUAUAACAAUUACAUCUAAGAAUUUAGAACAUGUAUAUUCAAUUGAUACAGUUUUACCUUAUCAUUAAAGAUUAUUUUAAACAUUUGAAAUUAGUGAUAUAAUUACAAUUGCUUAAAAAAUGAUAGAGGUAUCUUCUAUAAUCAAAAAUAAGAAAGGAUAAUAUAAAGUUGAUUGUAAAAGUUUAGAAUAAAUUUCUAGUGAAGUUUUAUCAUAAUAAAAUUAAGAAUCACAAGAUGAAUAAAAUUUUAGAGAAAAUACAUUAUAAGCUAGAUUAAUUGUUUGUUCUACUUUAACCUAUAAAUAUUUAUAAUAAUCAGGGCUUAUUAAUUUAGAGUUUCCAUAAAUGUAAUUAAAUAAGUAACCUGAUGAAUAUAAGUAAAAUAAUUUUAUAAUCUCUCUUUAAAAGUUAUUUAGAAUUCACAAAUAUAAAAGGGGAAUGAAAAUAAAAUCAAAUAAAUAUGUCGAUGUAAAUGAUGAAACAUAAAUAAGGACAUAUGUUAUGAAUAUGUUACCUUGUACUGAAUAUGGAACAAAUCCAGAUUUAUUUAAUGAAUUAUUGGAAGAUUAAAAUUCUAUAAGUGAUUUAAAAUCUGAAGAUUCAUCAAUUAUAGAUAAAGAAUAUGUUGGAGAAUUAAUUUUAGAACUUAGAGAAAUUAAGUUUAAAUUUAUAAUAAUCUUUAAUUUAAAUGAAUAGGCUUUUAUCAUUAAGACUUAAAAUUUAUCAACUUAAAAAGUUUCAAAAAUUUUAGUUCCUAUUAUAGAAUUUUAAAAGUAUUCUCAAAUAACUUAUUAAUAUAUUAAAGAAAAUUUUAGUAAUAUAUUAUCACCAUGUUUUGAUUUUAUUGAUGAUUAAAUAAUAUUUAAAAUUGAUAAAACCAAAAAGUAAAAUAUGAUUGAUGAAUAAAUGAUUUUAUAUGAAUAUUAAUCUAAGUAUGAAGAAUUUAAAUAAACUAUUUAAAAUUAAUUAAAUCAUGAUUAAAAAACAUUAUGUAGUGAAAAAGUUAUUAUAGGAAUAUUUUAUAAAGGUACAACAACUUUAACUUAUGAAUUUCAUAGAGAUACUUUGCUUUUAAGAAUUAUUAUUUAAUAUCAUAAUGUUUAAGAAAAAAGAGUUAUUGAAAUUGAUUCAAGUGAAUUUAAUUCCAAAUAUAUUGAUGAAAAUAUAAAAACUUUAAAUAAUUUUAGAGUGAUUAAUUUCUUUAAAGGAUUUUCAUAAACUAUAACAAAAGCUUUAAUUAUUGAUGAAACACAAUUUUCUCAUAAUUUUGAAGAUUUAAGACCUAAAAUAUCAUUUCUUUUAAGAGAAAGAUUUGUUUUUAAAAUUUAAGGAAUGUUGUUAGUUAAAAGGAUGGUUGAAAAAUUUAAGAUUUAUAAAUAAUUAAAAAGAUCUAAACUAUUUCUUUAAAAAUUUAUUUUAAAUAAUAAUUCAAAUUAUAUUGAAAUAGAUUACUUCUUAAUAAAACAUAAUUAUAGUUUAUAAUUAACAAUGAGAGAGUUAACAUAUAUAACGCAUCAAGGUAGAGUUAUAGAGAAAGGUAAAAUCUAAUAAUUGAAAACAAGAUUUAGAGAAAAACAAUUCAUAAUAAAUUUAAAUUAGUUAUAAUAAGAGAAUGAAAUUUUAUUUAAUUUUUUACAUAAAAGACAAGAUUAAAUAGAUUUUUAAAGAAUUAAUUUUUAUUAACUUUCUUCAUAUGAUAAAAUGAAAGCUAUUGAAUAUUAUAGAUCAUUAAUUAAUCCAUUAAUUUAAUUGAUAUAAAAAAAUAUGUAAAUUGAUUUUAUUAAAUUUUAAUUCAAACUUGAAGUUCCAAUUAAUAUUUAUGAAAUAAAUGUUUAAAAAAAAAGGAGAAAGAAAUUUUAGAAUCAAUCAAAAUAUUAAAUGAUGACAGUAUGUAUAUUAUCUGCAUAAGCUGCAUUUAGAAGAAAAUUAUUUAAAGAUUGGAUUCAUUUGAAAGUAAUGAGAAAAAGAUAAUUACAAGAAAAAAAUCGAUAUUUUAUAGGUGAAUUCGUAUUAAGAACUUUUAAAUUAAUCUAAGAAGAUAAUAAAUACAAUUAUUAUAUUAUAAAUGUGUAUAAAUAAGAUGGAAAAUAUGAUGAUCAAAUAUAAUUAACAUUUGAAUUAAUUCCAAUUAUUAAAUAAGAAAGAUAAAAUAAACUCAGAAUAUCCUGUUAUUAUGAUAGUUCUUAACUAAUACAUUUUGGAUAAUAAAAUUUAUUUGAAUUUUUUAUAAAUAAAAUAAAAAUUGAAGAAAAAAUAAUUAAGUUAAAUGAAAAUAAAUUUUUAGAAUUAAAUUAAGAUUAGAUAUAGGAUUAAUCAAAAUUAUUUAAUUUGAAGGAUUAAAUGGAGUAAAUAAAUGAAAGAACAAUUGUUGCCUAAGAUUUAUAAGAAAUACUUAUUGAUUAAGAAAAAACAGAAGAUACAUUAGUUAAUAUAGUUUAUACAAAUUCAAAAGAAAAAAUAAAUAAAAAUUAAGAUGAAGAAAUUUAAGAAAAUAUAACAAAACUUUAAAUUGAUUUAUAAGAAGUUAAAAAAUUAUAUCCAAGUUUUAAUUUUAAAGAUCCAAAUACAAUAAAAAUUUUGAGUUCUAAUCUAAUUAAAGGAGUAAAAGUUGAUUAAAAAUCUGGAAAUUUGUUAAUCGAUAAAAGUAGGAUUUAAUCUUCUUUUAUAAAUCCUAUCAAUUUAUCAAAAAAUUCAUUAAAUUCCUAUUAAAAUAUUCCAUAAUUUUUUAAGAAAGUAAGAUUAGCUUAAAGGCCUCAUUCAAAUAAUGUUUUAGCAAAAAGAACAUUUUACACUUAAGGAAAGAAACAUUUAAUUGUAAUAAGUUAUGAGAGAAGAAAAAUAAAUAAAAUAUUAUUUUAAGAUAGAGACUCUGUAUUUGAUGAUCAUUAGAGAAUUUUUGAAAUAAAAGCACAAUAAUUGAAUUUAAAAGAAUGUUCAGAACCACUUUUAUGGUAUUUGACUCCAGAUGAUGCAUAAAUUCUUACUCAUUAAAAAACAAUAGAAAAUAUGGCAAACAUUUUAAUAAAAUAAAUUUAGAUUAUAAAUUCUAAAUUUAUUUAUUUAUGCUUUAAUUAAUAAGAUUAAUAAUUGGUAAAAUAAAUAUAAGAAGGAAAUGUAGUAUUUUUUGUUGAAAGCUCAAUUAAGCCUAUGCAGGAAAAGUUUAGGAAUAGAAUGUUACAAAAACAUUAUCAUGAAUAUAGAAAAACAUUAAACUAAGUAAAGAAAGAGGGAAAAUUGAUUUUGCAUAAAGUUGGAAAUUUAAAUGCUAGAGAUAAAAUGUUCAUUUAUUUAUUUAUUGAAGAGAAAGAACAUUAUAUUAUGUUAAAAAUUUUUGAUGUUAGUGAUCAAAUGUAAUAAUUUGGAACAGAAAUAUCAUUAAAAAAAGUAAUUAUUUAUUUAUUAAUAUAGUAUAUUAGUAUUUAUUUAUAAGAUAAAGCAAAAUUCUUAGAAGUUCUAUUAAAUUUUAUUGAAUUCAAGAAUGAACUUAAUAAAAUUUUAUUUUUGUAUCCUAAACCAGAAUUAUUGGAAGAUUAUUUAAAAAAGCAACGUCAAUUAUCAUGUUAGAGUUCUUCUAUGUCUGUUUAAAGAUCAAUAGGAUGUAAUGUAUAAGGGAUUUGUUCUAAGUAGGAUGAUAAUAAAAUGGUAGGAUUGAUAAAUGGAUUUCAAUCAAUUAAUCUAAUUUAGUAAUGA